AGUUUUGCGCGUUUGGCGACGUCGUCUUCGGCGCUCCUCCCCUUCUCCUUCUACAGCCUCCGACGCCAUGGGCAAGGGCUACGAACGCCGCUGGGGCAACGACUCGUGGAGCGGUCACCGCGGCUACGACGAGACCUACGAGCAGGAUCGCGACCGCGACCGUGACCGCCGCGACCGUCGCGACUACCGCGAUGACCGCCGUGAUGGUGAUUCUGAUCGCCGUGAGGGGCGAGGCCGCCGUGAGUCCAGCCCUGAUCGGGAUCGUGGCCGCGGCCGUGACCGUGACCGCCGUGGCCGCAGCCGUGACAGGGCUCGCCGCUCGGAGGACGCGGACAGCCGUGGAUUUGAGUAGCGCGAGGUCGAGGCUUUGCGCAAGCAGCUCGAGUCCAGAGACAAGGGGUACGCCGCCGUUCCUCAUGACAAGGCCACCCGUGCUCGUGAACUUGAGCUCUGCAAGCAGGGCGAGUGCGUUGCAGCUGCGCUCAAGUCCGCCUUCGCCAGCCAGACGGAGGAGCUCCGCGAAGCGCUGGCACCUGAUGGGUGCCCGCCGGCCCCGCCAGCCCGCUGGGCUUCCCCGAGCCGUGCCUCAUCGUCUACGCUAUCACGCUCGGAGCUGGGGUGGAUCCAGUCAGUCGUGGGUGCGAAGGUGAAGCCCCCUACCAAAGGCCAGCCGCGAGGAUAUCCUGACCCUGGUCACCAAGGCCCUGGCUUCCGACAAGCAUGCUGCAGGCUCGGCCAACAAGUGGCACGCGUGCCGUGGCUCUUGCACAAAAC